AUGGCUUGGAGAGGUAACUUGGAUAGGCUGGCUACUAGAGUUAAUCUGAAAAGAAGAAACGUGGAUAUUCCAUCGGUCUUGUGUCCUUUCUGCGAAGAGUAUGAGGAAACGGUGGAUCAUUUAUUCACUACUUGUUCGGUGACUAUUAGGGUGUGGGCGGACGUCAGUGCGCGGUGUAACAUUCCCCCGAUAUUUGCUUUCGAGUUCAAAGACUUAAUGGAUAUUCAUAACUCUAUUCAGGCUGGAAAGAAAGCGAAAAAGAUUAUCUUGGGGCUAGCUAUAUUCUCGUGUUGGUGUAUUUGGAAAGGUAGGAACGAGUUGGUUUUCAACCAGAUCAGGAGAAGUCCGCAAGAUAUUAUGUUGGAGAUUAAGUCGAGAGGUUUUGGGUGGGUUAAAAAUAGAUCAUCGUGUAAAAAUAUUAGUUGGAAGGAGUGGUGUAAUAGUUUUGUCCCUUUGCCCGUUUAG